CAGACCAUUUCUCUUAUCUUUCUCUUGUCUUCUUGGAGUAUUGGGAUCUUACACCACACCAAACAAACAACAACAACAACAACCAUAUCUUUGUCUUAUUUGUAUAAUUUGUCUCCUUUUCAGCAAUUAACAAGGAAAGUAAAGUUUGAAUCUGAGUAAUAAUGGGAGACAGUGUUGGGAAAAGAACAUUAAUGAAUCUUAAGGUUCAAGUGUCGAUGAGAGUGUUAACCCUUGGCGCUGCACUGGCCUCCAUGGGGCUCAUGAUCACUAACCGUGAAGUUGCCUCUGUUUAUGGUAUUGCAUUUGAGGCUAAAUACAGCGACUCCUCGGCCUUUAGGUAUUUGGUGUUCGCAUAUAUAGCUAUCUCCGCCGUGACGUUGUUUACGCUUGCAUGGGCUUGUUUGGCUGUCCGUAGAGGAGGAUUUAUUUUUGCACUCUUCUUCUUUGAUUUGCUUAUGACGUUGACGGCGUUAUCGGCUUUCUCUGCGGCCAUGUCGGAGGGAUAUAUCGGAAAGUAUGGUAAUACACACGCCGGUUGGCUUCCGAUCUGCGGUUAUGUCCAUAAUUAUUGCAAUCGUACUACACUCUCACUCGCUUUGUCCUUCGUCUCUUUUCUACUCUUGUUCGUUCUUACAGUCUUAACUGCCUCCGCUGCUCGUCGUUCCUGAAUAUUUUCUUCACAUUUUUUUACUAUUUGCUUAUUCGUACUGUUGAAGUUCUUUUAAUCUUUCUUGUAUACUUAGAUUUUAUCAGAAGAAAAGCAUAAAAAUAAAUUAUAUUGAUUCCGUUUAUUUA